CCUGAAAACUUGCUGCUUCCUCUAAAUCACACAAACAUCCUCAGUGAUUUCUUCUACCGGACUGAAGUUUUUUCUGUAAUCUCUUCAGAGAUGUUCCAUGUCCAAAAUAUGAAGAAGGCUGGAGCCACCAUGGAGGGAAGUGUUAUUAUUUGUCCACUCAUAAAUUGAGCUGGGAAAAGAGCAGAAAAAAAAUGUAGAGAUAAAGGAGGAGACCUGGUGAAGAUAGACGACCGGAAUGAACAAAGUUUAAUGGACAGAUGAUUGACGACACCAGCAAGUUGUGGAUCGGUCUGACAGACUCAGAAGAAGAAGGCCAGUGGUUGUGGAUGGACAGCUCACCACUAGAGGAAAGCUUUUGGGGUCGCUUCCAACCAGACAACUGGAUAUGGGAAGAUGUUCAAGGAGAGGACUGUGUGAGGAUGGGGGAGAAAACUGGAGAUCCUGACGUGAAGUGUUGGUUCGAUAAAUCCUGCCAAGUUCCUCACAGAGGUGUCCACAUCCUACAGAGAAUGCACGGCUGUGAAUGGGAUGAUGAAACUGGAGAAAUCAGGGGUUUUAAGCAAUAUGGAUAUGAUGAUCUUCCCUCAGUGUCUCUCCUCCAGAAGACUCCCUCCUCUCCGGUCACCUGCCACGCUACAGGUUUCUACCCCGACAGAGCCGACUUGUUCUGGAGGAAAGAUGGAGAGGAGCUUCAUGAGGACGUGGACAAAGGAGAGAUCCUCCCCAACCAUGAUGGAACCUUCCAGAUGAGUGUUGACCUGAACAUCUCAUCAAUCGCUCCUGAAGACUGGAAGAAGUACGACUGUGUGUUUCAGCUGUCUGGUGUCAAAGAUGACAUCAUCACCAAACUGGACAAAUCAGUGAUCAGGACUAACUGGGUUCCUCCAUCAGGGUUUCCUGCUGGUGCUGUCAUUGGAGUAGUUGUAGGUCUGCUGUUGCUGUUGCUCUGCAUCACUGGACUCUUCAUGUGGACAAAGAAGACUAACGGGUUCAGACCUGCUAACACCUCAGAUUCUGCAGACAGACAUUCAGAUCCUAACUCAUCACAAGAAGACAGGAGGAGGAGAGUAAACUCCAGUGAAGUUGGGAUUCUGUCAAAAGCCUUAAUUGACUCUGUUUUGCAAUUAUUAAGCCUCUUCAACUGACCCGGGUUGGAAACUGUUGUCUCUCCACUUUCAUUUUGUGUCCAGUAUUGUGCAAAAUGUGGACACUUUGUUUAGUUUCUUAUCCAUCAGACAAUAACAUCUGAUUGGUUCUAAGUCUGACCACAGGUACGAGAACAACUUUUUUUGAUUAUUGCCACAGUUUGAACACAUACUGCAUGUCUACAAUAGACUCUUCUGUAUAAAUAAAUAAUAAUAAAUAAGUAUAAAUAUCCAUGAAAUACUGUUUACAGAUUAUAAAAUAUGUGUAUUCCUUUGCCAUCAUUGUCCAAACACACAUUAGUGUCAUAGCGGCUGCUGUUGUAUUUGUGGUAUUUUUGUGUCUUUUUCUUUCUCCUUUAUGUCUCCUGCUCAGUUUUCUGUUGUGGGUGUUUCAUCCUCUGACUGCUGCUUUCUCACCUGCUCCUCCUCUAAUAUCAAUCACCUGAAGCUGAUCCAUUAACCUCCUUCCACAGUAGAAACACACCGGUUCUCAGAUCACUCUUCAACAGAUUGUCUUUCUACUUCUUGUUGCCAAAUUUUCCAGCUAUUCCCAAGUUUGCUCUGCUUGUGUUUUCAUGUUUUACGCAUAUUUCUCUCGAUGAGGGCACUGGACAGCUCUUUUAGUGACACACUCCGUCACCAUGGGUAUGUGAAGGAGCAUUACUACAGGUCCUUCCUUCCUGCUGGUAUCAGAUUUUAUAAUCAGCACUGCUCCCAACAGACCACACACACACACACACACUCACUCACAGUUUGCAAACAUUGUCAUGUGCAAAUGCAAUCAAAUGCAAUUCAUUGUCAAUAUCUUCUUAAAUUUGUGUUUGGUAUUCUUGUGUUCUUCAGUUUUUCCAUAUUUGUAUUGUGUAUAUAUAGUGCAUAUAUCUUAAUUCUUUAAUUUAUAGUUGUGUUUUCUUGAUUUUUCCUACUGUCACUUCGCUGCUGUGGCAUUGCAAAUUUCCCCUUGUGGGACUAAUAAAAGAUAUUUGAUUUUAUUCUAUUCUAUUAAAUAUAGAUCCUUAUAAAAAAUUAGUUUCCAUUUACUGGUUAACUUAACUCCUUUUGUAUGAUGUCCGUUGUUCCUGGUUUUUGCUGUUUAUCUUCCUUAGUUGGAUUUGUUGCCACACAGAUGGAUCACUUGUACAUUACCCUUGACUUGCCUAAUAAAGACCUUUGUUUUUGGUU